UUUUUUGACGGUACAGUAAGUACAUUGUUAUUAACGAAGAAAUCUAAAGAGAAAAAAAAGGUUAUAAAUCAUGUCUACCACCUAUCUACCCAAUAACAAAAAAAACCACCGAAAACGACUGCGUUUAAGAAGAAACCCUAAUUUGGUGCCGGAGUUAGAAUCGGAGAUGGCGACGGCGGAAUUAGAAUCAGAAAUCAACAAUGAUUCACUUCCCAAUCUUCCUAUCGAUCUCGUCGCUGAAAUCUUCUGCAGGCUACCUGUGAAACUCCUCGUACAGCUCCGAUGCAUGUGCAAGUCAUGGAAUUCUCUAAUCUCCGAUCGCAGUUUCACCAGAAAGCACCUCAGCCUCUCCACCACUCGCCGCCUCCAUUCCGCCAAAUACAAACACGAACCCGACGGGUUGGUUCACAAUUCUUAUCCACUCGAUUCGGUUUUAUCCACUGAAGUCAAACAACAGCGUCUCCCUUUCAACAGCAUCGUUGCUUCUUGUGACGGCAUCCUUUGUCUCUGCGAUAAACGGAAAGGUAUUGUUGUUUUGUGGAAUCCUUCUAUUAGAAAAUUCAAGGAAUUACCAUCCCCUUUCGAAAACACUCGAAUUCGUAACCAGGUUGAUAUGACCUUCGGUUUCGGCUAUGAUCGCGUUUCUGAUAAUUACAAAGUGGCCGUUCUUUACUACACCGAGUUGGACACAACUAAAGGAAAAGUUCAUACUUUGGGCACCAAUUCAUGGAAAACCAGCGAGAUCUUUCGUUUUGGUGCUGUCUGUGAUGAGCAACCCGGAACAACUGUAAGUGGUACCAUUAAUUGGAUGGCCUAUACUGAAUGGCGUCGCAAAGGUCCAUUCUUCAUUGUUUCUUUUGAUUUGGGAAACGACUCUUAUCAGAAGCUUUUGCCUCCCGAUCAUGCUGAGAUCAGUCCGGAUUACUUGAGCUUGUCUGUCUUAAUGGAUUGCUUGUGCUUAAUUUCUGAUCAUCAUAUUUGGAUUAUGAAGGAAUAUGGAAUUCAAGACUCUUGGACUAAAUUGUUCUCAGUUUCAUACAUGCAACAUCCUUCUGAGUGUUAUAUCUUGUGCAAUGCAUUGUAUAUUUUUGAGGAUGACAGACUGCUGCUUGAUACUCAUGAGUUUCCUCAUGAGGAUGAGGAUGGGAAAAAGAAGUUGGUUGUUUAUGAUCCAAAGAAUGAUACUUUUGAGGUUACUAGGUUUACAAACGUCCUAACUGUCUGUCUUGAAACUUUGAUUUCACCUUGUUCUUAAUGCUAGGAUGUUUUAUUUUCUACUCCUAUUUCAUGUAUUAUUGUAAUUUAUGUUUGUCAUUAUUGUUUAGUCCCUCAUCUUGUAUUACAUUUAUAUAUUUCACAAUAAUUAUAGUUUUAAAGAUUAUAAGUAUGAUUUAGAUGUAUGUCUUUGUAUCUUGUGAUUUUAGAGGUGCCUUUAGCAUCUUUGUUAUAAUCAAACAAACAUUUUUGCGGACUUUGAUAUGAUGCUGAAGCAUAAUUUAUUAUAUUCUGCACCACCUAGAUCUAUGCAUUAUACUUUGAGAUUGACUUAGUUUUGGAGCUAAAUGCUCUGCUCACGAAUUCAUGAGUGCAUGUUAAGUGGUUUUUAUAUUGAGUUCUAGUAGGAAAUCCUUCACAACCAUUACAUCAUUCAACCUCUUCACAAAAGACCCUCUUCCUUGUUGGCAUUCUCAUUGGAGAUGUAAGGAAUCUCGACUUUGCCGGUGAUCUAAGCCUGAUUUUUCCGACUUCGACUUUGCAGAUACUCAACUUCCAUUUCAGGUGCAUUUCAAGUUCCAUCGAAGUUUCACUCCAUCGACUCCAUUCCAAAGGAGGGAAAGCCAACAAAAGGUGUGUAUUGUUUUGUUGUUUUGUACCAUUCAUUUGUCAUUCUGCUUUGUAAUAUCGUCCACUGUGAAGUAGAUUCCAUUUAGAUAUUCGAUAACAAAGUCCUUUAGUCCACUCUAUAGAGAAUUAAAUCUAAGUAAAGUGUUACUGUAAUAAUAAGCUUCAAUUAACAAAAAGAAUUGUGUAUUACUCAUAACUGUCGCAGAACAGAUCUGGUUCAGCACUUGCACAUUUCGGUUCAGCAUCUGUGACAUUUAGUACAACCACUGUGCACUUUGGUUCCACACAUGGACGAUGCUUUAUUGUACUUUUUAUUUUUGAUGUGUUUCCGCAGCUUCUGUGAAAAAGUCACACGAAAAGUGGAUUGAUGCACGCUUUGGUGGUAAGAGUUUCUCAAAUGAAAUACCUCCUUGAAUUUUAGUAAAAAUAUUUAACUUCAUACUAAUUAAGGAAUUUAGUUCUCAAAAGUCCCUUUGAUGAGAACUUUUUUCAUGAGAUUAGAAGUCAUUGUAAACCAAAAAUCUAAGAGGUGUUUUAGGAGUAAUAUUGUUUAAAAUAGUUAAAUUAUAGGGAUAAAGAUGGGCGAUGGAUUUGUGGUUUCUCUAAGAAGUUAAGACCUUGUGUUGCCUUCAUUGUUGAAUUAUGGGGGUGUGGAAAGUUUAACUCUAGCUUCUACCGAAGGAUAUCGUGCAGUCAAAAUAAAUGUGAAUCUAAAUGUGGUAACUAAGGUGAUUCAGGGUAUAUAGCAGGGGACUAUGGAAGAGAGAUGAGUUUUGAUGAGGAAAAUCUGUCUGCAUCACAAUUGGGAGGUUUUCGUGUGAAGCAUCUCCAAAGCAUCACUGCGAAAAGUACUAUAGAGUGUGAUGUCUCAGCAUAUCUUGGGGCGUACGGCUGCUAAUUGUGAGAAACCAAAGUCUGGGUCAAAGUACCAAUAUGCAGAUCUAGAGUUCAAAUCAACAGGUUAAUUCUAAGUUAGGUGUCAUUGAUCGGGUCCAGGGGAGGUUCGAUUCAAUUGAGGCAGAGCUGUUGAAUGAUUGAGGGGAUUAUCAGUUCGUCGCAGCUCCUUCGCCCAUCAGAUAGCGUAGCUUUGCAUCUGAAUUCUAUCGCAUCAAGUAAUAUGUAGCCUGAGACUGAAUGUUUCUGUCGAUGUUCCGAGCCUGCUUUGAAUCAGCAUUCAGGGCAGCAAGGCAGUUUCCAACUGGUAUAUUCCAAGGAGAAGGAUCUUUCAUCAAAAGAACACAAAUAGUUAGUAGACAUGGUUUCCAAAGUCGAGGUUUCCAUUGAUAAGUUAUUUGGUGACUUGAAUAUUAAUGAUUUGAAGUCGGAUUUUGAUGUUUAUCUUCCAAACAGCAGGUUUAGAAAGUCUUCUCUUGGUGAUCCAAGUUUUCUGCUGUACUUGUCAAGAUAAGUAUUACGGACAUCUCAAAUCAUAUCAUUAUGAUUACUUUAGAUUUGUCAACUAUCAAGUGAUUUUUAUACGGUUAUCAACAAAUACAUGAAUAACUAUGCAAAUUUGUCAACUGUCAAGUGAUUUUUAUACGGUUAUCAACAAAUACAUGAAUAACUAUGCAAAUUUGUCCUGAGCUCUAAUUUCCAUCAUUUUUUACUCCUUUUGGGUUAGGAAGGGUCAGUUUCUAUUGAAGCUCUUGAGAGAAAAUGGGGCGCCGCACCGCACGGCACCGUUCCAUUGAAAACUUGCCUGGUCACUGAAGGAAGGGUCAGUUUCUAUUACUUUCACAAAGUUGAACUUCCUGUUCUACCCUCAACUUUUGAUUCCAAUCCUUCAUUUCCACUCUUGGAUGACAUGAAAAGGAAGCUAAGGGUUGUAAUGUAAUGAAUGACAAAAGGGCUGCAUGCAAGAAACUGAGGAUCUUCUAUUCUCAAACCACUGACAUGCUCUCUUUUGGUGAAUGUUGUUGCUAAAUGGAUUGUUUUCAAUUUCAUUAUUAUUUUAAUGACAUGAGUACAUGACAACUGAGUCACGCAACUUAUUUGGAAAUUCACAGCAAUUAAACUAUAUAUACACAAACUAAAAACUGAAAUUAAUACAAUUUAAAA